AUGAGCGGCAUAAUAACGAAAGUGCUAAGUCUACCCGUGCAGUUCCCACUCAUCCGCGGCAUGGUGUCAUAUGCCAUAAUCUGGCCGACAUGCAGCAUCACCCAGGAUUACAUAGCGAACGGCACGCCCAUACAAAACGCUGACUGGAACCGGGCCGCUCGCUUCGGCUUCUUCGGAACAUUUUUCAUGGCACCCGUAUUCUACGGCUGGUUGAAGUUCUCAAGUCGGUUCUUUAAACGGAAAAAUCUAUACACAGCUAUAAAGAGGGCGCUGAUAGAGCAAGUCUCGUAUUCCCCGCUUGCUAUGGCGUAUUUUUUCUUCGGCAUGAGUCUGUUAGAACGAAAGCCGAUAGCGAAUUGCGUGAAGGAGGUGAGAGAGAAGUUCUGGCCGACGUACAAGAUUGGCGCCAUCUUCUGGCCCACAGCGCAGACUAUAAACUUCUAUUUUGUAUCCGAGAAGAAUAGAAUUGUGUUCGUCAGUGCUGCCAGCUUCGUUUGGACGAUUUAUCUUGCGCACAUGAAAGCUAAGAAGCAACAAGCGGAAACUUUUGGUGGUGAUGGGGAAAUUUGA